CUCAAUACAUGUAGCACAGGACGUAACCGGAAACGUAGAUUGGCCUUUAAAAUAAAAGUUGUAAAAUUACUGACACAAUAACAAACAGAUGCGGACAAUAUCCAUAACAGGAAGCACUCAAAAAUAAAUAAAGAUAAACUGAACAGAUUAGAUAUUUAGUGAAACUGUAGUUAUUAAAAUGUUUUAAUAAACCCCAAUGGCGCUAGUGUUUCGUUAGGUAUUUUAUUUUGAAACAAAUGUGGAGGACUUGUUUUCAUGUCGCUGGCUGCACGCGCCACCGGAUGCUGUAGCGACCCGUGUCGCUGCAGUGUUGCGCUUUCCUGUUUACGGGCGGGAAGAGCGAACGUAGCUGACUGGAAGCUACUGUGUUUAAAUCGGCAGCACAUUUGUUUUAAUUCUCCUCGAUGCCCACGCUCGGCAGGAUCUACUGAUACACGGGGCACCGCGAGGUCUAGUGGAAACCUUUUACGUGGACCGUUGCUGAAAACUAAAGGGAUAUUUUGGAGCGUACACGGCAGAUGGAGGAUCCUCCUGGAGAUUCUGGCGAUGGUGGCGCGGGUGCAGCAGCGGAGGGCCCCGCGGUGCAGGUGGCAGAUAUCUGCUGGCCGAGCACGGCUCUCCCGCUGCGGCUCCUGGAGUGGAAAGUCAAACCCGGGACUCUUGUGAACGUGGACUCCGUGCUGGCACUGUGUGCUCCCAUAGCCCAGGAGAAGGGGGCAGAGGCUGCCAAGCUGCCAGAGAGGAAGGUGAAAUCGGACCGUGCUGGAGUAGUCAAGGAGCUAUGCUGUCAACUUGGACAAGUCAUACCUCCAGGGGGCGUCAUCGUCAGAAUAGAGGAAUGCAGCCAUCCAAUAGUAAUGAAAGGUUUAUGUGCUGAAUGUGGCCAGGACCUGACUCAGCUGCAGAGCACAAACGGGAACCAGCAAACUCCCAUCUCCACAGCAACCGUCUCCAUGGUGCACAGUGUCCCUGAGCUGAUGGUCAGCUCAGAGCAAGCAGAGCAGCUGGGCAGAGAAGACCAGCAGAGACUCCACCGAAACAAAAAGCUGGUCCUGAUGGUGGAUCUGGACCAGACCCUGAUUCACACCACUGAGCAGCACUGCCAGCGAAUGUCCAACAAGGGCAUUUUCCACUUCCAGCUCGGGCGAGGAGAGCCGAUGCUCCACACGCGGCUGCGCCCACACUGCAAGGCUUUCCUGGAGAAAAUCGCCAAACUCUAUGAGUUGCACGUCUUCACGUUCGGGAGCCGCCUUUAUGCACACACCAUUGCUGGCUUUCUGGAUCCAGAAAAGAAGCUUUUCUCUCAUCGGAUUCUCUCCAGAGAUGAAUGCAUCGACCCUUUCUCCAAGACGGGGAAUCUUAGGAAUCUUUUCCCUUGCGGUGAUUCCAUGGUCUCCAUAAUCGACGACCGAGAGGACGUGUGGAAGUUUGCACCUAACCUUAUCACUGUGAAGAAAUACAUCUACUUCCAGGGCACAGGGGACAUCAACGCUCCCCCUGGAUCACGGGAAGCUCAGAUGGCAAAGAAAGCAGGAGGCCCGUCAAGUCGACUAGCAGAGAGCACAGAACCAGGGACACUUGGUGCCGAUGAGCAAAAUAAUGGCCCGAGGAAAAGGGCAAAAGACAACAACAUUUCUGGAAAGGAAGAAACCACAACAUCUCAGUCUUCUCAGGGAGUACCAACAAAUGAACGGACACAUCCCACAGGGGUUGUGGAGGAUGAAUCGGGACAAGGUAAAGGGUCAGAGACUGAAGUGCAGUCUGGGGCAGGGUCGGUAGAAACUCAGGUGGGUGACGGAACAAAUGUUAAGGAUGAUGAUGGCAACAGGACACUGGUGACAAAAGAGGCACAGGACAGUGCAAACUCAUCAGCACCGAGCCAUGAGUCCAAUAACUUGGACUUUGACCUUUCCAGCGACAGUGACAGUGACUCUAUUACAGAAAAGCCUCCCUCAUCAGAGAGUGAUAGUGAAGGCAAGUCUCGCCAGGCAAAGCAGCCUGGGCAGGAGGGAGUCACGCAAGAGCCAGGUGAUGCGGAUGAGGCUAGGGAAGGGGACAGUAAAGGCCGGAGCGAAGGAGAAACCAGCUCUGACUCGGCAGAACCUUCAGGAGUUCUUCUCCCAGACCCUGAGCUGGGGAAUGGCUGCUCAGAUAGGAGAGAGCCAGAAACAGAGUCCCAGAAUAGUGAACAAUCUGGGGUCACCAUGGGGGAGGAGCUGCUGGACCAGAGUAUGGAGGACGAGGAGGAGGAGGAAGACGAAGCUGAUAUCGACCAGGACGAUCACUUGAUCCACCUGGAGGAAGUGCUGGAGAGGAUCCACGCAGAGUACUAUGCACGAUACGAGGCCUACUUGAGGAAGGAGGAGUCGGAAAUGCCGGACAUCCGCAAGAUUGUCCCGGAGCUGAAAAGCAAGACACUGGAGGGCACGACGAUAGUGUUCAGCGGACUGUACCCAACCAACUACCCCAUGGAGAGGACCCGUGAGUACUACCAUGCCAAAGCACUGGGAGCCAUGAUUGGCAAGAAUCUGGUUCUUAGCUUCCAAGAUCCCAAUCGGACGACGCAUCUCAUCGCAGCAAGAGCUGGCACAGAGAAGGUCCGUCAGGCACAAGGCUGCAAGCACCUCUGUGUAGUCAACCCUGACUGGCUGUGGAGCUGUCUGGAGCGCUGGGAGAGGGUGGAGGAGCAGCUGUACCCGUUAAAGGAGGACUAUUCAAAGACGCUAAGGAGCAACAGUCCAGCAGCAUUCCCUGACUUUCAGGGCUCCUUGCAGAAGCAUCUUUUCCACCCAGCUCCCAUCCAGCAAAGACCUCCAGCUCCAGCCCCUGAGAUCCGCACCUACGACUCUGUCACAGGGAAGCUGAUCCGCAGGGGCCCUCAGGUGCCACGGCCGCCAUCCUACCUCCAGGCGUCGGGGUCUAUGUUGCUCUCUGAUCACAGAGAGCAGUCUUGUCUCAGGGGAACUUCAAAGAGUCAGCAAGAUGAUGCCGCGGGGUCCAGCCAAGACGACGAGCAGCCAGGACCGUCUCGUCGGAAACGACAGCCGAGCAUGUCAGAAACGAUGCCUCUGUACACGCUUUGCAAGGAGGAUCUGGAUAGCAUGGACAGAGAGGUGGACGACAUCUUAGGCGAGGAAAGCGACAAUGAAAGUGAGGGCCGAGGGAAGGAGAAGCCGGGUAAUGAGGAGGCGGAGGAUGAAGAGGAGCGGGAGCAGCGCCGGCAGCAGCAGCGGCCAGGAGCUGGACAGAUAGCAGCAGGAGGGCUCGGGCCUCAGGCAAUGAGAGUGGAUGAGAAGAUCCAGACGGCAUCAAGGGAGGCCAGUGUGCCGGGUAGUGUGCCAAGGGGCCACAAACGCAAGCACGAUGAAGCCAAGGAGGAGGCGGAGGAAUCUGCUGACGAGUCUUCUAAAGACUCCAAUGAGGAAGAAGGAGGCAGCAGCUCGGAGGCGGACGAGAUGGCCGCAGCCUUGGAGGCAGAGCUCAAUGACUUUAUGUGACGUGGAGGAGGAAGGGACUCAGUCACAGGGAAAGGACAACAAAAAAUCAGCCCCAGUUGCCCCGACAAGUGGUACCUACAAAUCCUAUUUUUCUGCUUUGGAAUCGGUGUGUCCUUAGGAUGUAUGAGCCAUGAAUGUGCUGUUAUAAAAAUGAAUGUCCUGUACAGAAAUGAUGCGUUGCUGUGUAAAUAAAGGCUUAGAUUUUCUUUUUUUUUGUAGCAUUGAUACAUGGCCUUUUUGGCAUUAAACAUUUGAUGUUAACAUUUUAUUGUAAGAUAACAAACAGUAGGAGACAAGAAAUUUGAUACUUUUUUUUGUUUUACUUUUUCUAUUCCAAUUUUUAUAUUGAUGAGAAAAAGAUAAAUGAAAUUAUAAUGCGUAAAUUUUGCUGGUCGUAAAUGCCAAAGAGUUUGGAAUAGGUUUGCCAAGGCGUGCAGCUAAAUGUUUUACUCUGGACUUCCAGUUUUACUUUUUUUUUUUUGGCCUCCUCAACAGUUUGUUCGGGUCAUAAAUGCAACCAGCGUUCCUAGACGUUUGAAUGUUUUUCCUUGAGUCAUUUCUUCCACCUCAUGAUGUUUGUACAUUUCAUAAUUGUAAGGUUUGCAUCUCAGUCUUUGUGGUAACCAGCCUCUUGGUGCACUAUCAGCGUGAACCGGAUCCAACUUAACUCCCAGUUUAUGUCCAUUUUACACAAGUGUUUGCUCACCUUCCCUUGAUAAACCUCUUUUGCUGUUGACGUACAGUUCAGAAGGACAGACACUUUCACUCAGCCUCUGCUGAUGUACACUGGAGCUUGCCUCAAAUGGAAACUUCACCCAAAUUACAAAACAUAUUCUCUCACUUACCUUUGGUGUUAUGUAACUGUACAGGUAGCUUUGGUUUUUCUGCCCAGGUUUUGAGGUCUGAAUCUCUGAAGCUUGUCUCCAUUCCAGUACAGCCGUGCGGAGCCACCAGAGGGUUCAUACGGUCAAAAAAAUAUACUGAUGUAGAACUACAAGUAAACUAAGCAAAUGAAUUUGUUCAUAGGCAACAUGUUUUUGAGUAAAUGAAGCUGCAUUUGCUUUGGAUUUUUGGAAGACCAGAUUCUUUCCCCAACCCUAACCAAAGUGCUUUCGUUGCCUAAACAUGACCAUGAAAAGGUUAAUAAUGCUGUAGUCUGUGCAAGUGUGUAAAUCACUGAUUACAAUAUUAAUUAGAUUCUUUGGAGAUAUUUGUUGAUAUCACAAAGUCUGCCAUGAUACAAUUUCAAUUCAAUGCAAUUUAGGGGCCUGCGAUUGAUAUGAGACGAUGUUAUCUACCCAUUUAACACAGUCUGUUCUUUUCUGCUUUUGGCCAUAAAAGAUAAAAACAACACAUAAAACACAUAAAAAGUUUACCUUAUCCUGACUCCACUAACAAAAAUGAAAUAGCAAAUGGGAUAAGUUAACCUUCAGGGCUUUCUGCCAGAAAGACCUUUCUGAAGAAAAUCUUUGCAUUUCAACCCAAACCAUCAUCGGUUUCCUAAAACUUCAGGACUGUCUGUCUUAAAGCCCUGAAGGCAAACUUCUCCCAACAGUCAUAAAACAUGAAUUAACAACAUCAUUUAACAUAAGUAUCAAAUUCAGCUCAGUAAUACCUGUCAAGGUUCAGAUACAUGUCAAUUGUUUUUUGCUAGUGACCCAUUAUUAGCUUUAGCAUGUUUACACUAGCCUAGCAGCUAGCAGACUUUUUCCCCCUCUACUCAUAGCUUAAGAAAUGACAUGUAACGUUAUUAAUUUUCUUCCUCACCGUUGGUUUAAAUCUCUGUAUCUCCUGACAGAACAGCUCGGUUGAGUUUCAGCCUGCAUGCUUAUUUUUUUCAGCCCAGCAUAGUUGAAACAGCAGCUAAUGUUGCUGUAGUGAGAAGUCAGCGGAGUGAGAUGGCCGUCCAGGCAGGUAACGUUACGUCGUGUUUAGACUCGUAACGUCAUGUGCUCUGCUCUGUUGACCUGUAUUUUCCCCAAAAUCCCAAAUACUUCCACACUGCUGAUUUAUUCCCGAGUAAAUAACGUCAUCCUCAUAGGUUUUCUCUCGGCUGCUUGCCUGUCUGCCUGCUGCUGUUUGCGUGUCCUAAAGAUGAUGAUAUGGAUUGAUGUUUUCAUUUUGCAUUUUGCAGAUUGGUGCGUUGAUCACUGAAUCGAUGUUUCGAUCCAGAUUGAUGGAUCAUUACUCCCCUAGUCCUUACAAGCUGAUAUUGUAUUUUUAAAUGCAGAGAUUUACCAUUUUCUCCUGUUAAUAAGAAACGUAAUCAGACAGCGCAUUUUAGCAGCGUGUGGCGGCUUUUUGUCAUUGUUUUCAUUGAGAGUGAAGUGUUUUGCGCACAGCCUUUGUGUUGCCGAGCACCUCCUGCUGUUUUUCUGCUCUGUGCACCCUGAAAUCCUCGACAUCAUUGGCGGUUUUUUCUCUAAGACAUAUGAACACAUUGUCGAAGCCUUAACUGCUUCCUAACAUUUAACCUACUGUAAUUAGGCCCAGCAAUUGACAGCAGAUUGUCAAAGUGACCCGACGCAUCCUAAUCAGCCCUGAACUGACCAUCAUCCAGGCAAAGCUCCUGGACCAGCUGGUGGUCUUGUGAUGUUUCUUCUCUCUUGAGGGUCUCAUGUACCCACAUGGAUCUCUGUUUCCUUGUGACCAACAGCUUCUCAGUCUCAAUCAGAGCCAGACGUUCGCCCUCCGCCUGUCCAUCCUUUAUGCAGAUUUUAAGGUGCAGAUCUCCGUGUUUACUUCUCAGCAGUUAAGCUAAGGACGUGUUAUUCGGUGGUUGCCAAGCAACGAUUAAAAAAACAUGCAAUGAGCUUCAAAAAGCCCUCUGUCUGAUCGGGGCUUUGCAUUUCCUUCAAAACGUAUCAGCUGUUGGAAUUUAUCUGUAUAUAAACAUAAUUUCUAGGCGACGGGGUUGGAUGUCAGAUGUAUAAUCCAGGAGCUGCUGUGGGCAUAGAGACUAAAAACAGCCCCGUGUGUAUUAAGAAACAAAAUGCAGGGCGCUGCUUGAGUUUUACUGCUCUGAGAAAGUUAUCACAGUCAUGUACGGUCAUUUUUACUUCAUGAGGUAAACAGAAAAGCAGCAUUCAUGUUUAAUAUGUGAUCUAGCAGGAAUGUGUGCUUGCACAUACUCAAUCAGCAGAGCCAAUACCGUAUGACCCCCGCGCUCUCCGUACCACUCUGAUUGCAGUGGUCACAGUAUUAAAAAGUCACAUUUAAAAGAUUCAAGUGUAACAUCUCUCUUCAGAGUCACUGUCCCUGUUAAUCACAGUCAUCCACAAUAAUC